AUGAAGGAUCAAAGUGUUGAGCAAUCUGCUACUGCUAAAAGACCCCCAAUUGUUGGUGAAAAUGUCUAUUUGCUUUUGGGGACACACUGCAAGGGGCUUGUCAAAGCGUUGUCAUCACUCCCUGUUGAGAAAGAGUGCAUUGAUUUCGAUAUAGAUUUGACAAUCUUCCAUCAUGCACAUGUGAAUGGUAUUUAUGUGAUGAUUGAGGAUAUACAGGAUUUGUUGACAAUGAAUUGGCUCGAUGUCUCAAUUAUACAAGUGUUUAUGAUGUUUUUGAAUAAGUUCUGUAAGCAGCAUGGAGUGACAUCAAUUGGGUUUGCGUGUCCAACACAAAUUUCUGCCGAUAUGAUUAACUUAAAUUCUAAUGCCGUUACAUCAUAUCUAAUUCAUGUCAUGGACGAACACAAGGAUCAGCAAUUCAUAUUGGCACCAUAUCACCAAAGUCAUUUCGAUCUGUUCCUGCACGAAGCACUAGAACGAUUCAUUGGAAAGAAUGCAGAGUAUGAAGUUAAAGUUAAAGUAUUUGAAGAUGCACCCUACUCUAUUAAUGAAAUAGAUGAAGUUCGUGAGUUGUGGGCACAUUACUUUAGUAAAGAGUGCGUGUAA